GAUCGAUGCUUACUCUGGGUUGUAUUAUUACCUUAUAUAUGGGGAGGAUCGCCUUGGUUUGCAGUUUGCCCCUUCCUUGGCCGUUUGGUCAUUCAUUCAUUCUUUAGGUUCGGUUCAAGAUUGAUCUCCCUGGACUCCUGGAGUGUGUUCAUACUCAUACAAAUGCUCACGGACUUUCCCAAUUGACGAUAAUCAUAAUUCGCACCAUCUCUGCUCCGAUCACACCUAAGGUCUCACUUACACCAGAUCCCCCAACAGCACCUCGAAAAUCAAGAAGCCACCAUGAAGCCCGCAACGCUCCUAACAACCCUCCUCCUCACUUGCUCAACCUCAACCUCCACAACCCUCGCAGCCACCCUACCCAACUCGCCCACUAUCACACUAAAACGACCCUCCCGUGUCCUGCAAAACCGUGCAGCAGCAGCAGCAGCAGAUCCAGAGUCCACCCUCGCGGGCGCAAUCCUCACCCUGCCCCCUCUCCUCAGCACCAACACCAGCACCAGUAAUGUUAGUGCAACAACAACAACCGUCCGCGGCACCUUCCGCAUCCCCCGCGCCGAACCGCCCAACUCCGGCCCGACAGGCAACAACCCCGUGGGCAAGUACGGCGCGGCGUUUUGGAUCGGGCUAAGACCACUCCCUGCCGCCGAGUGUAGUACUAGCAACACUACUACUGCUGCUGCUCCUACUACGAAAAGUCUCACCCCGAUCCUGCGGGCCGGGGUGGAUAUUGUCUGGGACGGCACGCUGGACGGGCAACAGACGCCGUUUGCGUGGCGGGAUUUUGCGGGGUCGGGUGGGGACCGGGGAGGGCUGGAAGGGUGGUCCGCGUUGAGGGUGUCGGCGGGGGAUGUGGUGAGGGUGACGCUUUCAGUUCAAAUACAGCAAGGGAUAGAGGCGGAGGCUGCGGUGGUGAUGGAGAAUUUUGGCCCUACGGAACCUGAACUUGAGGACGGGGAGGGGGUUCCGUUGCAAAAGGUUGAGGCGACCAAGGCCCUGCCCGGCUGGGGGGCGGCAGGGUGUGCCCAGGCCGCGUGGGUGGUGGAGGAUUUUCCGCUGCCCGGCCGGCCUGAGUUUCCUAUUGCGUUGGCCAAUUUUACGAGUGUUAGCUUUGACCAGGCCGCGGUGCAGCUUGGGGAUGGGACGGUGAGGAAUGUAACGGGAGCCGGGGUGGAGGUGUUGGAUAUCAGGCUUGAUGCGCAGGGCGGGAGGUUGACGAGGUGUGAGCUGCUGGAAGCGCGGGGCGGGUUGACGUGUAGGCGGGUCGUGGGGGAUGCUUGAUAUGAACUUGAUGAAACCAAAGCAUAUGGGUUACAGAUACAAUGAAGGUUAAUGCUAAUCUUAAAGGAUAAAGGGCGGGAUGGUUUGGCUGGCAUUCGAGGUUGGUUGGUGGCAUUGGAAUGGAUUGCUCUAUCGGUCGUCUAGAAUAAUACUUCUACUAGUACCUUAAUCUCAGUAGUAAUACGUUGCCCCUAAUC